GUUUGCUAUGGUUUAGCCGGGGCCAGUGAGCAGGCAUAGAUACUUUGCUGUGAAAUGCCACGCAGGCAGAGAGUGACAGGCAGUCAGUAGGAACCAUGCUUUUUCCCCUUGGAUGGCUGUUUCCUGCUAGGUUCAGGAGAUCGAGGGCCUGGCUCCCGCUGUUGCUGCUGUCUCAACUCUCUCUCCAUUCCAGGUAAGCCGACUCAGAGGGCAAGCCUUUGUACAAUGAACAAGAUCCGAAAGUUUUUCCGAGGAAGUGGGCGCGUCUUGGCAUUUAUAUUUGUAGCUUCUGUCAUCUGGCUGCUCUUUGACAUGGCAGCUCUCCGCCUCUCAUUCAGUGAGAUCAGCACUGGGGUACUCAAAGAACACAUCAGGAGGAGGGAGCAGACAGGAUUCAAAGUCCAGCCAAACCGAAUGAAGAUCCGUCACUCCAGCAUCACAGGGAUGAGGCUGCCCCAGAACAGGCUAGAGGACCACACACUCAAGAAUGAAGAGAAUAUGGACCAAGUCCAGAGAAGGUGGAAAAUGCAGAUUUCCCUGGGAAGGGGGAAAGUUAUGCCUUUGUGGCACCCUGCACAUUUGCAAACCUUACCAGUGCCUCUCACCAUGCAGAAGACAGUGGGGAGAGACAGCAAGCCUGAAGCCUCCUCCCAGCACAUGUCAACCAAGCAAACAACAGUUUUGUCACAGAGGACCCCAUCCACAGCAUCAAGAGGAACUCCACUGACCACAAUUCCAGUACACACAAAAACAUUUGCUAAAAUCCAAGAGGCCUCAAAGAAUCAUACUCUCAGCAGUAAUGCAUCAAAGACACUGAAUAUGACUAUCAUUGUCAGGACUGAGCCAUCAGAGCAUCAAUCACAGACAGUAACAAAAUUGAAGACACGCUUUGUCAGCCCACCAAUUCUGGAAUAUGGGGAAGCCAUAGCCAUAAAGAAGACUGAACUAAACCACAAAACUCAUAAAGUGCUACCUCUUUCUAAGUUUGUUGCUGAUGCAAGUCGUUUAAACAGGCAAAUGGUGAACAAAACACAGCUGAGAGGCUUGUCAGAAGAUGGUGUGGCCAAAGUGGCCCCAGAGAAGAAAGUUAGUUUCUCUGAAAGUCAGAUUGUGAUUAUAACCAAAGAGGAGGAUCUGGGGACAGAUACUAAAAAGGUAUCUGACUCUAAAACCCUAACUGUCAUUCCUAAAUUACUGGGUGCAAGCCAAGGGAAACACAUCCCUGGGAAUCAAAGCAUGACAUCUUCCUCUCUACUAGCUCCACAGAGAUCAGUGUCUCAAGCCAAGCUGGCUUUAGCCAGGGGACUCCAUCCAGCAAGAAGCAACUUGACUUCCAAGUCCCAGACUGUGGGACACCAGCAAAGCCACACAAACACCUCUGAAAACCCUGGAAGGCACCGUGUGCUCAGAAUUGAUUUGACCCUUUCUCCAAGGGAUCCCAAUGCUCCAGGUCAAUUUGGGCGCGCUGUGGUUGUUCCCCCUGGAAAGGAGAAGGAGGCAGAACGAAGAUGGAGGGAAGGAAACUUCAAUGUCUACCUUAGCGACUUGAUUCCAGUAGACAGAGCCAUUGAAGACACAAGGCCUGCAGGGUGUGCAGAGCAGCUAGUUCACAAUGACCUCCCAACCACCAGCAUCAUCAUGUGCUUUGUAGAUGAGGUGUGGUCCGCUCUCCUGAGGUCUGUGCACAGUGUUCUUAACCGCUCUCCUCCACACCUCAUCAAGGAGAUUCUGCUGGUGGAUGACUUCAGCACCAAAGAGUACCUAAAAGAAAAUUUGGAUAAAUACAUGUCUCAAUUUCCAAAAGUUCGGAUUCUUCGCCUCAAAGAGAGGCAUGGCUUGAUCAGAGCGAGGCUGGCAGGGGCACAGAACGCAACAGGUGAUGUGUUGACAUUCUUAGACUCUCAUGUGGAAUGUAAUGUGGGCUGGUUGGAGCCACUCCUGGAAAGAGUUUACAUAAAUAGACAGAAAGUGGCAUGCCCAGUGAUUGAAGUCAUCAAUGACAAGGACAUGAGUUACAUGACAGUGGACAACUUCCAAAGAGGUGUCUUCACAUGGCCCAUGAACUUUGGCUGGAGAACAAUUCCUCCAGAUGUUGUUGCAAAAAAUGGAAUUAAAGAAACUGACAUAAUAAGGUGUCCAGUCAUGGCAGGUGGAUUAUUUUCCAUUGAUAAAAGUUACUUUUAUGAACUUGGAACUUAUGACCCUGGUCUGGACGUUUGGGGAGGAGAAAAUAUGGAGCUGUCAUUCAAGGUCUGGAUGUGUGGUGGAGAAAUUGAGAUCAUUCCCUGUUCCAGAGUGGGCCACAUAUUCCGAAAUGACAAUCCGUAUUCCUUCCCCAAAGACCGCCUGAAGACAGUGGAACGGAAUCUGGUGCGGGUGGCUGAGGUCUGGCUUGAUGAGUACAAGGAGCUCUUCUAUGGACAUGGGGAUCACCUCAUAGACCAAGGGUUGGAUGUGGGUAACCUUACCCAGCAAAGGGAGUUGCGGAAGAGGCUGAAAUGCAAAAGUUUCAAGUGGUACUUGGACAAUGUCUUUCCUGACUUGAAGGCUCCCAUUGUGAGAGCUAGUGGGGUGCUUGUUAAUGUGGCGUUGGGCAGGUGCGUUUCCAUUGAAAAUACCACAGCCACACUGGAAGACUGUGAUGGGAGCAGCCAGCUUCAACAGUUUAAUUAUACCUGGGUAAGACUUAUUAAGCAUGGAGACUGGUGCAUGGCGGCCAUCACUGAUAAAGGAUCCCUGAGAUUCCACCACCCGUGUGAUUACAGAGACAACAGGCUCAAGUGGCUACACAAAUCAACAUCAGGCUUUCACCCAGAACUGGUGGAUCACAUUGUGUUUGAACACUACCAGCAAUUGUUAUGCAUGGAAGGGGAUUUCUCUCAGAAGACCCUGAAAGUGGCUGCGUGUAACCCAAUGAAACCAUACCAAAAGUGGAAAUUUGAAAAAUACUAUGAAGGCUAAAGAGGAUUGUUUUAUCUGGUUUAUCCACCAAAUUCUGUGAAAAUAAGACUAAAGCUGGUGACUCUAUUUCUCCCCGUGGUGGUUUAAAUUUUCCGUGUUAAUAGCAUUUUAGUGGAAGAUUUUCUUUUUAAAGCACUAAAUAAUAACUCAGGGAAAAAGGCCACCAUUGGACUGGAAUUCUUCAGCUAUAUGUGGCCUUGGAAGUGUCUGUGUCCUUGCCCUGUGCUGUAGUGCAUACUGCAAGUCUUCCUUGUAUACUCUGACAGGUAACUAGAAUUGAAGACAUAUAAUAAUGUCAUGACCAUAACUGACAUCAAGCAGUUCUUAUGGCCCACAAGUACAGAUAAAACCAACUGGAUUCCGUUCUCAUCAAAUACAUCUGCAUGGACUCUGAGACCUGGACCACUCAGCAAGAUGCACAGAGAUUCUGACCUAUUGAAACAUCUCUAUGUUUACCUGAAAACAUAUAGUUAUACUGCUCAGCCCUCCAUGACACUUCCUAAUGGAAGUGUUGAUCUGGGUGACUAGGAAGUUUUCUUUUAAAUAGGAAGCAUUAAGGGGGAAAAAACUAAGUGAAAAGGACAAUGCUGUAAUGUAAUUAAUUCUGUAUAUUCUUUCC